CCCGGCCGCUGAUUGGCCGGGCCCCGGCGGAGGGCGUGUCGACGGCGGCGGCGUGCGUCUGCCUGUGUGACACAAUUACAACAAGUUUGAGCCGCAGGUCGAAGUUUGAGCUCCGAGGGAACCGCAGCGACUCCGCGACCCGCGCGCUCAGCAGCUUCAUGCGGCAGCUGUCGGUGCAGGAGCCGCCGUGUUUCCACCUGCGAUGACGGCUGUGGAAGCCGCUUCGAAGGGAUCGUUUCCUUGAGGAUUUGGCAACAAUCACGCUUACGCCCCGUUUCAGUCGUGGAAAGGUGCGCGACACUUUCCCGUCUCGUGUCGUUCCGCAGGAGUUGCUCGGUGCCCGUCGACCCUGCUCCCGCUUCUCCCCCAUGAAGUCGUGCGGAGUGUCGCUCCCCGCCGCCGCCUCCUCCUCCGCCGCUGCCCGGAGUCUCGGCGUUGCUGGUAAUGACGAGGAGAAAAUGGCGUCGGGAAAAGCGACCGAAAUCGAAGAGGACUUUCCGAAGCUAACAGCGCAGGAGAAGGAGAGCCUGGCCGGGGCGGACAGUUCACUGUUUGGAUUUCACAGGCUUCAAGAAGAUGGCGCCAGAACGAAGGCCUUGCUGUUAAAGGCUGUUAGCUGCUAUGAUGCCCUCAUCCUGAAAGCAGAGGGGAAAGUGGACCCUGACAUUUUCUGUCAGCUGGGCCACUUCAACCUCCUGCUGGAGGAUUAUCAGAAAGCAUUAUCUGCAUACCAGAGGUACUUCAGUUUACAGUCGGACUACUGGAAGAAUGCUGCCUUUUUAUACGGCCUCGGAAUGGUUUACUUCCAUUUCAACGCUUCUCAGUGGGCGAUCAAGGCGUUCCAGGAGGUGCUCUACAUUGACCCCAGCUUCUCCAGAGCGAAAGAGAUUCAUCUGAGGCUGGGACUCAUGUUUAAAGUCAACACAGACUACGAGUCGAGCUUAAAGCAUUUUCAGCUGGCGUUGAUCGACUCCGAUCUCUGCACUUUGUCCAAAGCUGAAAUUCAGUUUCACAUUGCUCACUUGUAUGAGAUCCAGAAGAAAUAUAGAGCGGCGAAAGAAGCGUAUGAAAGUCUGUUGCAGACGGAAAAUCUUCCUGCGCAGGUGAAGGCGACCACACUGCAACAACUUG